UAGUCUCAGAUCGAUUGUUUCAAUUAUUCGCCAUGGCCUCUCUAGCAGAAGGUGCUGCUGGUCAUGGGUCGCUGCAUAUUGGUGAUACUGUCCUGUUUUUGAUAAAGAAUAAAGAUUACCGUGGCUAUGUAUAUUCCGAACUCUCAAGCUCUUCAUAUAAUUUCCUAACUGUUUAUAAUUUAAAUGAGAAGCAAGAGUUUGAUCCCUGUCUUCCAGAUGUUACUUAUGCUGCUUUUACAAUUUUGGCUCCUAACAAGUACAAGGCAAAGCAAGUGUUCAAAGAAAUGGAACGGAAAUCAGUCAGUGAAGAAAAGGAUUUAAUAAAUGCAUUGCUUGCUGUUCAAAUGGAAGAGGCAGAGAAUAAAUUAGAGCAGGAAAGGAAAUUUGGUAGUAGAGUGGUGUAUGGGGAUGUAAUUCAGUUACAGCAUAUAGCCUCCAAAAAAUUUGUUCAAAUUUCCUCUGAAGCAUCAAAAACAGAGAGUAACAAUCUUCUGGUCAAUCUAUCACCAGAUAGCUCUGAAGAAUCAAUAUUUAAAGUUUUACCAAAAUAUAAGAUUCGAUCUGAAGGUGAUGAAGUGAGAUUCAAUGACCAAAUUAAAAUUGAAAGCACUAAGAAUCAAGGCCAAUUCUUACAUUGUAGUGGAACUGGUCAUACUUUAGGAGAAGCAGGGUUUAAUGUGCUUGUUGACUGUUUUGAGUUGAACUUAUCACCUACAGAAACAGCUGUGACGCUUAUUCCCCAUUACUGCUCUUCUAUUAGCAUGCACAGCAACACAGCAAUGAGAGGUGGCAGUUGUGUAAGACUUUUUCACAAAGAAGAUGAAUGCUAUAUUGCUGCUGAAGGAUCUUUUGCAGAAACAAGCAGGCCUGUGAUAGAAGAUGUUCACUGUCGCUUGAGACGAGUUGACUCCAGAAAACAUGCUUUGCCUUCAACAUCAGCAAACACAUACUGGCAAAUUGAGAAACAGGAAAAUCCUAUUAGUGGUGAUGUUAUUGCGUGGGGUGAUAGAUGUAGGCUUAAGCAUUUACCCACAAGAUGCUACCUGUCAGUGGUGAAAACUGACGAUGAAAACUGGAAGGUUACAUUGAAGGAUAAGACACAUAAAGAUGAUCUAGACACCAUCUUUAGUUUCUCACCACUGCUUGAGGAAGGUGAGGAGAUGCAACUAGAAUCUUAUGCUCUCAUUAAACAUCAUCUUAGUGGGCAUUGGCUUCAUUCAGAAAAGAAAAGUCAUUAUGAAAGGACUAAUUAUGACCCUACUGCAGAAGGAUUGGCUGGUUUGCAAUGGGACUCUGCUGAAUUGUUUCAACUUACUACUAGCAAAGAUAGAGGUGACUAUGACUCAUUCACUUUACAAGAGGUUAGUGAAGACCUUUUGGACCGCUUUCAUUAUGUUGCUGGAGUUGUACCAGUUUUGAAUGGCUAUAUUGAUGUGUUACAUAGUGGGAAGGAAAUAAAGCAAAAACAAUCUGUCCUUGUGAAGAAUACUCUAAAGAAUUUUAAAAAGUGGAUUACUGCAGAUAAAGAAAGAGAAACCAAAAAUAAUCAGAAACUCUUGAGGAAUUUGAGGGUACUUGAACAAUUAGCUGAGAUUCUCAAUUUUGCAGAUGAUGAUAAUUACAAAGCAUCAAAUGCCCAUAUUACUAUAUGCCAAGAGUGCUAUAAUGUAAUAAGAAAGUUUCUUAGAGGAGACAGCAGAAAGAAUGAGAACUACCUUGCAAGAUUUAUUGAAUUUUUUCAAAAACAUAUGAGAAAAGGACUCAAUGCUGAAGAAGUUUUAGUUGAAAUUGUUCAAGACAAUAUAACAAUUGUAACAAAAAUGGCAGACACACAACUUGGUCAUAUGAUUACUGAAUUUGUGAAGACUGAGGAUCCAAGAUUUUUACAUUUUUUGGGAGCACUUUGUGUUUGUAGCAACAGACCAAUUCCUUCAACUCAAAGUCGAUUGUUACAUGAAUUGGUUGGUAGAUAUGGACAAGAAAAGUUUCUUAAAACAAAAUUAAACCCAUCUAAUAACAAUGUUUACUGCUUUCAUCCAAGUUUUCCUGGCAAAUUAACUCCUAUUGCUCAGCUUAAAGACUCUGUUAUUCCUCAAGGAAAGAAACGAACAAGAACUAUGUACCAUCAGAGAGAUAAGAAAAGCCAUUAUGGUUUGUUGGAAGCUCAGCUUUAUUUACUGUCCAAACUGUGUGAAGGAAAUAAUUCUGAAGCAAUAGAUACUCUGGUAUGUACGGAAGAGAAUCCUGACGGAUACAUCAGUUUUGAUGAAGCUCUUACAUGUGUCAAGGAUACUCGCAUAGACACUAUACUGAGAUGUCACUAUGUUGAAUUGAUGCUAGUCAUGUUUGUUGAUGUUGGCAAUAACAGACCAUUCCUGGAUCAUCUCUGUUAUUCAUUUCCAUACAAAAAUCUUGUUCCUGUUCCUUAUUCUGAAUCUGGUAGUAGUCAAGUACAAGCAUUGACUGGAGCUACAAAUAUUCACUUUCCAAGGAUCAAAUCCUGGCUACUUACUACAAUCUCUACUAACACUGUCUUAAGAAGUGAAUGUGAAGAAAAUUUGUUAUUAGUACUGGUAUUAGAUAUACUUAGUCAUUUGGUUCGUUUUGGCUAUUACGAUGACAUUGAAGAUGUUGAUGAAUUAAUGGGGCCACUUGUUAAUCUUUUAAAUGGGCAAACUGACAUGUCAGCAAUGAGAAAAUAUUCUGAAAUAACUUUAAGUAAUGAUGGUGAUUGCACUCGUAAAAAAGAUAUCUCUGAGAAUAAAGAAAUAUUUGCAGUCAAAGUCAAGGCUCUUGAAGUAAUGGAGUUAUUGUUUCGUUUCAAGUUUUACAUAAAGCUUCAAAAGUUUAUGUAUGAUUUUAAAGACAUUCAGAACAGGACUAAAUUUACAGACAACUUGGAUGACAUGACAUCAUUUAGUGAUGACCCACUUCAUAUUCUGUCCAGAUUAACAUCAUCAAAAGUUGAAAAUACAGAAAUUUUGUUUUCCCCCGAUAUUAUAAAUGCUGUUCAUGCUCGGCUGAAAUAUCUUUGUGAUGGCAGUCUCAAAGGUGGAGGAUUUGCUCCACAAGAAAUGGGACUAGAAUCGAUAUUACUAGAUUUAUCAGAGUAUGAGUGUGAUGAAAUAGUAACUGCUUCACUGGAUCUGCUGACUAAAAUGUACUACUUUGAAGAAGAACUGUUCAACAAGGCAAAGAAGAGUCAACUGCUGAUAUCUCCUGAAUCUUUAAGAGAUCAUGUCACAAUUAAAAUUGAUAUUCUUCCAACUCUAAGACAACUUUUAAGAGUUGAUCUUAACAGAGCAGAUCAGUGCAGGAUAAUUGAAUUAUUACGUCAACUCCAGCCACUCUGUAUGCUUCCUUCAAUGACACAACCAAACAAGCACAACCAACUCAUGCUUGAUAAUUUUGGAAUUGUAUCUGAUAUUAUGAGUUUUGUACUUGACAAAGGUACAUCAGAGCAAAAACAACUUGUUGCUGCAAGUCCAGUAAGUAGAGAAUCUAUUUCCGUGAGUGAGGAUGUGUUUAAUGAGUCAUUUCUAUUGCUACAAUAUCUUUCAAUUGAAAACAUCAGUGUGAAACGAAGAAUAUUUAAUAGGCUUAAUGACUUGCUUGUAAUGAAAAUUCCUAUUCCAACAUUAACUGGUCUGGCAGAUUUAAUUACUGAGAUAUUUACUGGAAGCACAGAGUUGACUCUUAAAGUGACAGAAUUUCAUGUAGAGAAACUUUUUGAGAUUAUAGUUGAUUGUUAUCAUCCUUUUGUUCAAGCUCAUUUUAUGGUUACACUGGAAGCAAUGGCACAUAUUGAUGAAAUUGAUCUGCCAAUAGGACGUAACCAGGCUGUCAUUAUAAAUAAUUUUUGUCGCUUUCGUGACACUUUUUGUCAAGAAUUAUUAGAAAGUGGCACAAGCUAUCGAAUGAAACUGUUAAAUUCGAAAUCUAAGUCUCCUGGGCCACAGUUACAGCUGUUGCUCAAUAUGACUGAUAUGCUUGCUGCUUGUGCAGAAGGAAAAAAUCAAUUCAUUGAAUCAGUCUGUCAAAAUAUAUUUGGAGUUGAAGAAUUAAUCAACAUCAUAAGUAGUCACAUUCCUCCCAGUUACAAAAGACCCUUUGUUCGUUAUCUUUUGAUGGUAUACUUGAAUACGAAAGGUAGUCAGAAAAGCUCCCAAGGAAUAGCAUUAACUCAUGAAAAAAUUAUGUGGCUAUACUUGGAGCACGUGGCUAGUUUUUUAGAAAAUCUAGCUCAAGUAUUGAGCCAUACAACAUCUAAUGACAUUGAUAAGUUAAAGAAAAAUCGUCAGCAUCGAGAAAGUUUGCACAAAAAAUCUGCUAUGUUAGAAAGGCGUGUUUCUCAGCAUAGUGUUCAACUAGGCGUGACUCUUGAUAUGCCUGAUGUCAUUGAUUCAAAUGGACUUCUUGUUCCAGGUUUAUUGGAAUAUUUAGUUAAUGGGGUUAUUCCUUUACUCCAUUCAUUUUACUUACAUUACUUUGACCCUAUCAACAGUCAUAGUGAUCAACAGAAGGAAUUUGAGUACACUGUAUCUGCACUCAUUGCUAAAAGUCUUACUGUUUUAAGUAAAGAUCUUGGUGAAGUAUUUUGCACUGCUAAUAAUUUGUACAUGUUUCAUGAAACCAUUAAUUCCUUAAUGAAGUAUGCUACAAUAAGAGAGAGGGCUGCCAUUAGUCGUGAUGAAGCUAGUCAUGCCCGGAGAGCAUUAGAGACUGCUACACCAAGCAGGAAAGGAUGCAGUUUAAAAAGACUCAAGUAUGAUGAACUUCAUCUACGUUCAAACGAUAAGGCUGUUUUAGACAGUUACAAAGAACAACAAAAGCUUAAUGUUUUAUUUCACUAUUACUCUCAAAAUUUCCAUCAUUCAUAUGUGGGUCCUAACACUGCUAGUCACCAAAUAGGAUCUCCUGUGGAAGAAAUAGAAUACAGUGAAGAAGGUGAAGAUCUACCACUGGGACCUAGUUUUCAGAAGCUUGUAAACUUAUACCAAAUUCACCCCUUAAAUGAUGAAAAUAAUCAUCCAGCUGAAAGAUUAUUAAGAGAAAUAGAAAUAUCUAUCAGUCGAACUGAACAGCUUGGUGAAAAGGAACAAGUUAAUCAAGACAAUUUAGAUUUAAGAUGUCUAUUGAUACUAAGGGCAUUGAUUCACAAUAAAAUUAAAAUGAUUGAUCCAGAACUUAAAGACAGAAAUCCUAAAGACUACAGAGACAAAUGUGACCAUUCAGUUGUUCCAGUUCAAACUUUUAUUCAGUCAUUCAAAAAUGCUAUUAGUAGAAUAAUUCCUUUGUUAUCACAUCCUAAUGAGAGAAUUUCAAGAGAAGCAUUGGCAUUAAUGAAAGCUCUCCUUUUUUCUGGUAAUGAGGAGGUACAGAAAGGAUUGUACCAGUAUGUUUGUAAUUCAAGAGAAGAAACACUCUUUUUUGAUCUGAAAUUGAGACUUGAGAGUGCCAGUUUUGCCUACAAGGAAAAAGCUGCUUUAGAAGAGUUAUUGCAAGCAAGAGAAGCUGCAGCAAUGAUUGAAGCCCCUCCAUCACCAACUGAGAACAAUAGCAACAGAAAUGUGGCUAAUGCUUUACGCCUUGGUUUUACUGUUGGACGAGAAGUAGUCAUAUCCAUGGAACAAAUUGAUAUGAUGGAUCAACAGCCACUUAUUCCAUUAAGGACACUAUCUAGAGAGGAUAGUGCAUCAACCUUGGACUCUGAUGAUGAAGAAAUAUUAGAUAAUGGCUCAACUCUGGUAUCAAAUAUGAUGAGCCAAAAUGCUAUUCAAACCAGUCUAGUAUUGGAUGUUAUUGGUCUCAUGUGUGAUGGUCAGAAUAGAAAGCUACAGCAUUACCUACGAGAGCAACCGGAAAACUUUAAAAAUAUCAACGUAGUGGCUGAAGUAGUAUCAUUUCUCCAUACAUUUACAAAUUAUGCCACAAUGAGUAGUUUGAAACAGAUCAGUCAAAUAUUUCAGUCAUUGAUUGAAAUGUGUGUAGGAAACAUUGAAAAUCAACAGAUUGUAUUUGAUAAACUUGUUAUGGACCCACUAAAUAAGAUACUUCAGUUAUCCUUCAGUGAACAAAACAACCAUUUAGAUGAAGAAAAGUCUGAUGAUGCAUACUUUUUGCUGGAUUUAGUUCAAGUAAAAGGAAAGGCUGUGGAGCUACUUGAUGUAAUGCUAGAAGAGAUCAGUCCACAGACUCAUCUCAAUGCAAAAGGUAUUGGAGCAUCACUGGAUGUUAAAUCAACUUUGAACACAAUGAAAUUAUUCUUUGAUUUACAAACUCAUCCUUUUGUAAGAAAGCACCAAAUGGAUGAUGAUUGUGAGAGAGGCCUGUUUAAAGCAUACCACACACUUGUAACUUUAAUGGACUACAAUGCUAUCAGUAUACAAGACAAAGAAGAACUUAGUGCAGAAGUAGAGAAAGUAUUAGGCAGAAAUCCCAGUAUUAUAUCUGAUUAUUCUCAUUCCAUUGAGAUUCAUUAUGAAGAGGAGGGAUUUAAGCCAAUGCUAGCUAAAGUACAUUUUCCAUGUAAAACUUUGUUCCGUGAGGAAAUGACUGAGCUGGUUCGUUGGAAUAUAAACAGAGACUCAAUGGAAGACAAACAAAGAGCUUUAGUUGAUCUAAUGCCAGCACUUAAAAGAGACAUUAAUCAUCAAACAAAAUUGAAGAGCAUCAAGGUAUUCAAGCCAUUCCUAUCAUUUUAUAAAAUCCGAAUUCGUCUGUUAAUGUUAUUGACUGUCAUUAUAAACCUAUUUAUGCUUGGAUUAUAUACUGUACCUGCCUCAGUAACAUCUGAUGAGUUGUUUUUGCCUCACGUGCCCGAAUGGUUCUUGAUUUUACUUUAUAUUCUUGGCACUGGGCACUUAAUAUUAGCAUUGUGGGUCGUUGUUGAGUAUUUUGUAAUAAACUGGCCACAUUUUAGGCUUCCUGCAUUGGUUUACAAAAUGAGAGCUAAAUUUGAAAAAAUUAUUCUGAAAGGCAGAAGACAAUAUUCUAUGCCAAAUUUGACAUAUAUUGAUGUUGGGAUAUUUAGCAUUUCUACACUUUUCAUGAUCCUGUUUUUGUGCUGCUCUAUUUGUGCUUUGCUUUUCAGAGGCUAUUUCUAUUGUUUCAGUCUAUUAUUCAUUGUGGUUAAUAAUGAUAUAUUGCAAAGAGUUUUAAGAGCUGUUACAAAAAAUGGAAUAUCAUUAAUAUGGGUUGCUGUAUUGGGAGUAAUUGUUCUGUACAUAUAUGCUGUCAUCUCUUUUGCUUUUCUUCAGGAUCAUUUUACACAAACUAAUGAAGAGACUCCACUUUUUUGUGCUAAUUUAGGACAGUGCAUGUUUACUGUACUUAGAUAUGGACUUACAGAGAACCUAGGAUUGAUAAUACCUAUUCAUAAAUCUGUUUCCUCCCCUGUUAUUGACGAUAACACUGAACCCCCAAUUAAAUUUUCUCCUGGAAUAUACACAGGAUUUUUGAUAUAUCAUAUAUCAUUCUUUGUUAUUGUUUCAACAAUUGGUCUUAAUAUUGUUUUUGGAAUAAUAGUCGAUACUUUCUCAGAACUGAGAGAAGAAAGAAAUUCUAUUGAAACUGAGCAAAAGAGCAAUUGCUUUAUUUGUGACCUUCCAAGUUUUGACUUUGAAAGACGAGCUGAGGGCUUCAAAGACCAUGUGGACAAUGACCACAACAUGUGGAAAUAUGUGUAUUAUUCCCUUUAUUUGGACAGUAUUGACACUGGAGAUCAUAAUGCCAUUCAAAAAUAUGUUCAUAAAUUGAUUGCUGAUGGUGAUACUGCCUUCUUUCCUCAGCAAGAAGCACGCUGCUUGUCUGGUGAAGAUGAUGUAACAGGAGAGAAAAUUGACAUACUUGAAGCAAAAGUUGAAAGCAUUUUACAACACUUCAGGGAAAAGCAAUACAAAAAGUCUCUUAGCAUGAAAAGGCAAGAACAAAAGAAAUGGGAAGAGGAGUUCCUUAAAAACUCAAUAAGCCACCAAUAAUGCUAUGUAUGGCAGUACAAAAAGAACUAAUUAAUAUUAAAUCUAUAAAUAUUUUUUGUCUCAUUGUUUUUGAAGUUCUAUUGCUAUUUUGUAGCUUUGUAAAGAUACUGUAUAUACCUCUGAA